AUGGAGUUUAAUUUCUCAACUCCGUUUCCAGAGGGCGUAAUUUCCUUCUUGGAUACAGAUCUCUAUAAGCUGACCAUGCAAUGCGCGGUCCUGACAUACUUCCCAGAUGUUCAGGUCACCUAUACACUCAAGAACAGGACUCCACACAUGAAAUUAUCCAGGACUGCCUUCAACUGGUUGCACACCCAGAUCAUGAAGCUUGGAAAUAUCUCCCUCUCCGCCGAUGAGCUCCGAUUUCUUCAAACCUACUGUACAUACCUGAAAAAGCCGUAUCUUGACUUCCUGAAAGAUCUACGGCUCAAUCCACGGGAUCAGAUUAGUGCUUCAUUCGUUCCAGAUGAUGAAAGCGAUCAUGAAAAUCCUAUUGGCACACUAAACUUAACCGUCAAAGGGUCUUGGAUUGAUACUAUUCUCUAUGAAAUCCCCUUGUUAGCUCUCACCAGUGAAGCCUAUUUUCGGUUUAUGGACACAAACUGGACAUAUGAUGGUCAAGAAGAUCUUGCCUAUUCAAAGGGUAUGCGGCUUUUGAAAGCAGGCUGUGUGGUUUCUGAAUUCGGCACGAGGCGAAGGCGGGACUAUCAUACGCAAGCCCUCGUCUUUCGGGGACUAGCUCGAGCUAAGAAAGAAGGUGAAAAUUCUGGGCUACCUGGAAAGAUAGCAGGUACAAGCAACGUUCACCUAGCCAUGCGAUUUGGAAUUACGCCUAUAGGAACCGUGGCACACGAAUGGUUUAUGGGGGUCGCAGCUAUAACUGGUAGCUAUGAAUCAGCGACAUAUAUUGCCCUCAGCAAUUGGGUCAAAUGUUUUGGGGACGGUGUCCUAAGCAUUGCACUAACUGAUACUUUUGGGACACCGACUUUUCUCAAAGCGUUUCGCCUACCUAUUCCAGACAUAAUUCCACAAAAGACCUUUGCGCAAAGUUUCCAAGGCGUGAGGCAAGACUCGGGUGACCCAGAGCAGUUGGUAAGGACUAUGAGAGACUUUUAUGCUAUGGAAGGAAUUACUGAGAAAAAGACAAUUGUAUUUUCUGAUUCUUUAAAUAUCGAUUUAUGUCUUAAGUAUCAGAAGAUUGCCGAAGAUGCUGGUUUUCAGUGCUCUUUUGGUAUCGGCACUUUUUUUACAAACGAUUUCGUCGAUCAAAUUAGUGGAGAGAAGUCAAGCCCCUUAAAUAUUGUCAUUAAACUGAGCUCUGCUGCUGGAAAUCCUGCAAUCAAGCUCAGUGAUAAUGCUGGAAAGAAUAUGGGUGACAAGAAUGUGCUAAGUAUAGUUAAAAAAGAGUUAGGCUACGUUGAGAGUGAAUGGAAUUUGGGUGACGAAACUCGUAGAUGGGGAGGACCAGCGAAUGAAAAACUGGAAGAUAAAUAG